GCCCAAAACGCGACGCCGAAGGAUUGGUCGCUGUUGGCAGCUGAGAGAAGCCGGCUUCCAUUGAAAAUGAAUGACUUCUGGAAUCUUUGGAAGCUCAAGUCGCUGGCGGUUUGAACACACACGAAACCAUGGAGGGGUGGGUGUGGGGGAAGUCGACAGUCCCCGUUUGGAAGCUGGUUGGAAGUCGACAGUUCCCUCUCCAGUCGCACCUGAUAAGGCGCGCGCUUCAUGCAUUUCCGAUUCUUGAACGACAAUUCAAAUGUGGGCCUGUCAAGGAGGGGAGAACAUGACAUCAAUCCACUGAAUUGAAGUGAUGUCUGUAUCUUUACAAACAUCACAUAAGUAGUGUGAAAAACCUGCUAAAAUUCUGGCCUUUGACCGGAUAGUCUAGAGAAUCUUAAGAUGUUUGUGAAAUGUCAACGGCCUCGGAGAUGGCACUUUGUGCAGGUGCUCUUCAUUUGUCUUAUUUUGUCAGGGAUCAUGCUUUGUUGGGACAAACUGGACAGUUUCUCUUUUGAUUUUGCAAGUAUAAAUCCUUUCCACUUUGGCCCAAGUUUCAGGAACAGUAGCUUCACUGUCAGCAGGGCGGAGGGUUGUAAAUUCAGUGACCACCCCUAUCUGAUCACCCACACGAAGACAUGUGAGUCCAGUAAUGUGUUGCUCCUCCUUUUUGUCAAGAGUUUCCCUCAGAACUUUGCCCGUCGUCAAAAUAUACGAUUGACCUGGGGUAAUGAGCGCUAUAUCGAGAGUGAACUGGGUGUGUCUGUGAAGGUGCUGUUUGCUUUAGGUGUCCAUCCACAUCUCAAAGACAGGACGCUGAUCCAGAGUCAGUUAUUUCAAGAGGACCAAAAGUACCAUGACUUAAUCCAGCAGAACUUCAUUGAUUCCUUCUACAACCUCACCACUAAACUACUUCUUCAGUUCAACUGGGCACACACCUACUGCAGUCAUGCUCACUUCCUAAUGUCUGCUGAUGACGACAUGUUAAUUCAUAUGCCUAACCUGGUCACUUACCUUAAGCAAGUGCACCAGGCAGGUAUUCGGGACUUUUGGGUGGGCAGAGUGUUCAAUAAUACAGGACCAGUUCACCGAAAGAGCAGCAAAUAUUAUGUGUCACCUGAUCUGUAUCCAUGGGAUCGUUACCCAACCUACACAGGAGGAGCAGGAUAUGUGGUCUCCAGAGAUGUGGCCUCACGAAUACACCAAGCUUCACUUACACUUAAUGCUACACUACACAUUGAUGACGUUUUUAUGGGAAUCUGUGGCAGCGUUAUAGGGGUGGCUCCAAAAGCUCACCAUUUUUUCUCAGGUGAGAAAAAGUCUCCUUAUCAUCCUUGCAUCUACAAACAAAUGAUGACAUCUCAUGGACACGAGUCAGACCUCCAGGAAGUGUGGAGGCAGGUAACUAGCCCUGAGGUUCAAAAGGUGGACUCUGGCAUCACAGGCAAACUAUACUGCUCAAUAAUAAAGUUGGCACUGCUUUGCAAUCCAUUCAACAGAAACACGUAUCCUUGCAACCCAUCAACCAUUUUCUUCUGAGGUUGAUGUUUGAACCUUUGUCAUAGAAGACUUGAUACUGUGAAUGAGUACAUGUUGAAAUGUACGGUGCUAAUAUUGCAAUUUUUGCUGAAUAUCUGCAGUAGCCUACUGGAGGUCCAAACAUUCCAGAAAAUAUUGUCUGAACUGUGAAGUUAACAUGAGUCAACAAUGUUGACUGGCUGUAUUGACUUGUAUCGAUGUAUUUUUUACCUUCCCUGUGAAUAAGUAAUAUAUGCAAAUAUGUUACACACGUGUAACUGAGCGAAAUCUCUUACUGAUGACUGUGCUGUUGAAACAGGUGGUGAAUAUAAAAUGGAUGUUUUUCUA